AUGGGGAAUAGCACAGCUGUGACAGAGUUCAUCCUGGUGGGAUUUCCUAACAGCCUUGAGGUAGAGAUUGUCUUCUUCGUGGUGUUCCUGUUUGUUUAUUUAGUCACUGUCCUGGCAAACACCCUUAUCAUUGUACUCGUGUAUGUAGACUGCCAUCUCCAUUCUCCCAUGUACUACUUCCUCAGUAAUUUCUCCUUCAUUGAGAUCUCCACAACUUCCACUGUGGUGCCAAAAAUGCUGGCAAAUGCUCUAUCAGAGAAGAAAACCAUCUCCUUUGCGGGCUGCUUUAGCCAGCUCUACUUUUACUUCUUCCUUGUUGCAGCAGAGUUCAUCCUCUUUGCCAUCAUGUCCUACGACCGGUAUGUGGCAAUAUGCCACCCGCUGAGGUAUGCCACCAUCCUGACAGGAAGGGUGUGUAACCAGCUUGUCCUCUCUGCGUGGGUGGGUGGCUUGCUCAUGAUCCUGCCAUCAGUGGUCCUCAGAGCCAGGCUGCCCUACUGUGUUCCCAAUGUCAUUGACCACUACUUCUGUGACAGCGCGCCUCUCCUGCACCUCGCCUGUACAGAUGUUUGGUUUGUUGAGUUGAAUGAUUUGGUGGUGUCUUUGGUCCUGCUCCUUGGUUCCCUGGCAUUGACUGCAGCAUCCUACGUCUGGAUCAUUUCAACCGUACUCUGGAUCCCAUCUAACCAGGGCAGACGGAAAGCAUCUGCCACUUGUGCUUCACAUUUCAUUGUGGUUUCCCUGGGUUUUGGUAUCUCCAUCUUCAUCUAUCUCAGGCCACCCCAGAUGAACUCUGUGCACCUCAACAAAAUCCUCUCUGUUCUCUCCAGCAUCGUCACACCCCUUUUAAACCCUUUCAUAUUCAGUCUAAGGAAUGAGCAGAUGAAGGAAGCCUUGAAACGUACUUUGUGCAAGCUCCUGGGGAUGACCAAGCAGGCGGGAAAACCAUGA